UGCAACAGUCAAACGGAAACGAUGCUGAGAAUCCAUGGAAACGACCACUGGCAUACUAGCCAUUAGCUUGCCUGCCGAGUGCAGAAAAAUAAAGGUUUCCAGCCGGGGAAGUGGUUAGAGUUUCGCUGCCGCAAACAUGAUUCGGACUCCUAACGUAAGAGCCAGAGACAGUCAGACAAAGAAGAUCCAAGACAACAUCACUAAGGUGGAGAAGCACUUUGGAGAGCUGUGCCAGCUGUUUGCGGCCUACAGUCGAAAAACAGCCAGACUGCGAGACAAAGGGGACCUUCUGGUCAAGCAGAUAGAACUUCACGCCGACACGGAGACUCCAGAGCUCAAGAGGGGAAUGAAGGAGUUUGCUGAUCACCUGGCCAAGAUUCAAGACUACCGCCAUGCCCAGGUGCAAAGACUUGAUGCCAAAGUUGUGGAGCCAUUAAAAAGCUAUGGCGCCGUGGUCAAGCGCAAGCGAGAGGAUGUGAAAAUGACCCAAAGUGCCAUCGACAAAGAAGCCAAACAGGAAGCUCAGCUUGAGAAAACAAGACUGAGAAACCCCUCGGACAGACAGAUCAUUUCACAGGCUGAAAGUGAGUUACAAAGAGCCACCAUGGAUGCAGCACGGACCACCAAGCAGCUGGAGGAGACCAUCGAUGAGUUUGAGCGGCAGAAGAUCCGAGACAUCAAGAAAAUCUUCAGCGAGUUCGUGACGGUGGAGCUGUGCUUUCUGGGCAAAGCCCUGGAGGUGUACACCUCGGCCUACCAAAGCAUUCAGAGCGUGGACGAGGAGGCAGACUUGGAGGUUUUUAGGAGUUCGCUGCACCCCCCUGACUACAACUCCCGUUUGGGCCGGACUAACUCCAGAACCUCCCUGGAUCGAACCUUCAUGAGCACAUCCGGAACCUUAAAGCAACAAGGAGCUACCGGCCGUCUGACGAGAAGAGAGGAGGAGGCAGACGACGAUGAGGAGGAUGAAGAUGGGUCUAACGAGGAGGAGGAGGAGGAGGAUGAAGAGGAGACUGAUGAUGAGCGUUAAAACUAUCAAAUAGGAGCAAAAGUGUCCUUUUCACUCUGACAUAGGAGCACAUUUACUUUGGUGAUCAUUUGUAACAUUUUUUUUGUUCUAAAAAUUUCAUUCCUGCUUUUAUAUCAUAUGUUAUUUUUUAAAUGUGAGUCAUUUAUGUUUAAAAAAAAGUGCAUUUUUGUUUUUGAAUAAUAGGAAGAACAUUAAAAAAGUACUUAAAUGCUUGAGAUUUUA